UGGAAAUAAAAAUUAAAAAGUGAAAAAACUGCUCGUGUCGCAACGUAGUGUCACAGUCUAUCGGUGGCAAUAUGACGUGAAUGCAAAUGUAACUUUUCCUUUAUCUAAGUAACAUUCACCGUAUACAUUCAAGUAUACAAUUCAAGAAAUAGGGAGUUAAUUUGCAAUACUGCUGUAUAGUGGAAUUGGGAAAUAUCAAGUGAGUGGGUGGUAAUAGCCUCCUGGCUAAUAUCAGGGAGCUUUUCCCGGAGUGCUACUUCAAGUGCCAGAUGCUGCUCAUCCACACAAAGUGAUUUCGUGCACAAAAAUAUUCUCGGAAAAAUCUGCGUAACUUGUUUGUGGAAAGCCAGGCGUGUCAAAAAAAUCACCACCGAUAAUGUUAAUGUCGAGCAAAAAAUUAUCUGCGGUGCUGGUGAUUGCCCUAAAUUGCUGUGUUUUACUCGCAAAUGGCUACACAUUGCAGCAGUCAAAAGGCAUCGCACCUGCUGGUUCCAUAAUAGAGAAUGAAAGCUUCCUACAGAGUCCACAUUACGAGACCAACGAAGAGCUGCAGGAUUUACUAGCACGGCUCCAGAAAGAUCACCCGUCUCUUGUGAAAGUGCACAACAUUGGUUUCUCACAAGAAGAACGUCCUCUGUUGGCUAUCGAAAUUCGGCCAAAUAUCGAUCGGCCGCGACAGCUGCUGAUGCCGAUGUUUAAAUAUGUGGCUAACAUGCACGGCGACGAAACAGUUGGACGGGAGCUGUUGAUAUACCUGGCCCAGUAUCUGAUUAACAAUUAUGAGCAUGAUUCAGAGAUUGGUGCCUUGGUCAAUAGUACCGACAUCUUUCUGAUGCCUACCAUGAAUCCGGAUGGUUUUCAACGUUCUAGAGAAGGAAACUGUGAAUCUCUUCCCGGGUAUGUUGGCCGCCACAACGCCAUCAACGUGGAUCUUAACCGUGAUUUUCCGGACCGAUUCGAUGAUGAUCGCAUGCGCCACCAGCGACGGAAUCGACGUCAACCGGAAACUGCUUCCAUGAUGAACUGGAUCUUGAAAAAUCCGUUUGUACUGUCAGCGAAUCUGCACGGAGGUGCAGUCGUCGCCAGUUAUCCCUAUGAUAAUUCCAUAAACCAUCAUGAGUGCUGCGAAGACAGUCCCACACCAGACAACCAUUUCUUUAAGUACGCGGCUCUCAUGUACGCUGAGAACCAUCCAGUGAUGAAGCACGGUCAAGACUGCAACGAAACAUUCCAGAAUGGUAUUACCAAUGGAGCCUAUUGGUACGAGUUGAACGGCGGCAUGCAAGACUUUAAUUAUGUUUUCAGCAAUUGCUUCGAAAUUACACUAGAACUAAGCUGCUGUAAAUAUCCGAAAGCUAGCGAAAUGCCACUAGAAUGGCAGAAGAACAAAAGGUCGCUGAUUGAGUACAUGAAAUUGGUUCACGUUGGUGUUAGGGGUCUUGUAACAGAUAGCAGUGGAUAUCCCAUCAAAGAUGCGGAUGUGAUUGUUGAUGAAAUUAAUCAAAAUAUUCGCACUACUGACCGAGGAGAGUACUGGCGCUUGCUCGUACCCGGUAACUACAGGAUACGGGUUGAAGCCGUUGGAUUCUACCCCAGUCAGGAAGUACCAAUUACAAUCACCGCUGAGCAACCACUGCGUGUCAAUUUCAGUCUUAAGUCAUACGCAACCGAUGAAGUUUUAGAUAAAACGAAGCAUCCACGCGUGAUCCGACAACUACCAGACCAGUACGGCUUUCUUAGGACGCCUAAGUUCGAACAUCACAACUUUUCUGCAAUGGAAACCUUCAUACACGACUUAGCUGCAAACUUCCCUUCCAUAACCAGAUUGUACUCCAUCGGCAAAAGUGUUCGGCAGCGUGACCUAUGGGUCAUGGAAAUCACACAGAACCCUGGUCAGCACAUCCCAGGGAAACCAGAGGUAAAAUACAUUGCCAACAUGCACGGCAACGAGGUUGUUGGUCGAGAGUUGUUACUGCUGUUCGCUAAAUAUCUGUGUGAAAACUACAACAGUACGGAAAGAGUUACUAGAUUGGUUAACGACACGCGACUUCACUUGCUGUUUAGUAUGAACCCGGAUGGAUAUGAACUGUCGGAACCCGACGACAAAGAAAAUCUUAAAGGGCGAGCCAACGCCAACGGAGUUGAUUUGAAUCGAAAUUUCCCGGACCAGUUUGGCAGGAAUAGGUACAAUUUCCAUCAAGAACCGGAAACUCAAGCUGUUAUAAAUUGGUCGCUAUCAAUACCAUUUGUCCUAUCGGCGAACCUCCAUGGUGGCGCACUUGUGGCCAACUAUCCUUUCGACGACUCACCGAAAGAUUUUGCUGAUAGCAAUGACUACAGUAAUCCAAGAACAGUUAACAAUCCGACCGAGGAAAAUGAAAUGUUUCAGUAUUUGGCGCAUACAUAUGCAAAUGCACACACCACUAUGCAUCUUGGUCAACCAUGUUCCAACUUUGUGCGGGAACGUUUCCCGGAAGGAAUAACGAAUGGUGCCGCAUGGUACUCGGUAACUGGAGGAAUGCAAGAUUGGUCCUACAUUGUAGGCGGAGCAUAUGAGCUGACACUGGAAGUAGGUUGUGAAAAGUUUCCAAAAGCGGAAGAUUUGCCCAAAUUCUGGCAACAGAAUCGUGAGGCAUUACUUAAAUACGUAGAGCAGGCACAACAUGGAAUAACCGGAACAGUGAAAAGCACAAUUGGUCACGCCAUCCCGCACGCAUCGGUUCAAUUGAACAAAAUGCAGCAUGUCACAUUUACCACGGAAGAUGGCAGCUAUUAUAAAAUGGUGCUACCUGGCCUUUAUAACGUCACCGCUGAGGCUGCCGGCUAUGAACCUCAGACGGUACAGAUUCAGAUCCCUCCCGAAGCAACACGACCGAUUACGGUUGAUUUCCUUUUGAUGCGGGAUGAUCCGCAGCAUUGGUCGUCUGCCUAUGAUUAUCGUGUGUUAGAAAACGUGGUGAACACUCGGUACCAUAACGAUCUCGAGCUGCGAUCAAUAAUGAGCGAAUUUGAAAACACAAACUACAAAACUGCAUCGCUAGAGUUUGCAGACAAUGAAGUAUCGAUGGCGUAUCCUUCGGUCAAAAUCACUGAUAAUAUUGGCACCCCAGAAGAAACCAAACUGCACAUCUUGGUUCUGUCAUCGCUGUUUCAAAGUACCACAAUUGGCCGUGAAAUGGUCAUCAAUUUGGCUCGCCACAUACUGGCUGGAUACAGAAUUCCUGAGCCGGCCUUGAUCAAGUUACUGAAAAAUGUUGUCCUUCAUUUCGUUCCUAUUCAAAUCGAUUCGGAUAUGCUGCUGGAACAGUAUAAAGCAAACAGUAGCGUGUGUGAUCCAACGGUGAAGGAAGAACUGGCCGAUAAACUAUUGAGCGCGGAAACCGACCACGAAAAGGACAUGCUGCUGCGAAUGUUUCAAGAAGAAGAAUAUGAUCUAGCAUUAAACUUUGCUGCUGGUGGAAACAAUGUUUUCUACCCCAACACAGCCGAUAAAGUAGCCAUUUACUCCCGAUUUGCGGAGAAAGUAAAGGGACACAAGUACACUGCCGUCAGUAACGAACAGUGCCCAGAGACCACUGUUCGGCAUAACCAAGCAGAUGCUAUCCAGCGCUUGACAAAUCAGCUUCACAACCUCUACAAGGUGCCUCUCUUCACACUGCAAUUAGGCUGCUGUAAGAUGCCGAAAGAGCAGGAUAUUGCCGCUGUUUGGCGUCAGAAUCUGGAGCGAAUGACUAAUUUUCUUCAGCUGAUCGAUACUGGCAUCAAAGGCUACGUUCGUGACAUUCGCGGAAAUCCCAUUCGCAAAGCAAUCUUAAAAGUAAGGGGAAAUAACUUGAUUUACAAAGUUACCCCAAACAUGGCACACUUUCGAGUGAUACUUCCCUCUGGUUCUAUGGAGAUUGAGUUUAGUUGUGUCAAUUACACCUCACGUAUUCUAUCUAUAACGUUGAACCAAAACCAAAUUCUUGAUAUGGGAGAUAUAGUCAUGGAAGAAACUACUAUGCGAGGCGAAGGUAUAGGAGUUGUCCAGCCAUUAUUCCCAACUGAAAAACUAGUUGAACACAACGGAAGCUUUGCUGUGCUGGCCCCACCCAGCAAAAUGAAAGUUUUUCCAACAGAUGGGAGCAUUGAGAUACACGGUAAAAUAUCCGGUCUAGUUCUGGACGAGUUCAACCAUCCACUACCUAACUCAAAAGUAUACAUACAAAAUGCGGUAUCCAACUUAACUACGUUCUCUGAUUCAAUUGGUAAAUUUCAACUAGACGGUGUCCAGCAGAACGAUUUAGUACUACACGUAGAAUCAUCGGGUUUCACGUCAGAUGAACGAACCUUGCACAUCGGCUCAUUGGGAGAGCUGCCGGGUGUGAUAUUCCAUCUGAAGCGCGACGAGCGAGUGCUGGGUAUUCCGAGACUGUUGUUCGUCAUCCUAGCUGGAUGCGCUUCCGUCGCCAUAAUUGCUUGCGGUGUGAUGUGCUUCACGUACAUACAGAACCGUCGGCGAAAUUCCCGCUAUUAUUACAACUUUUCCAUGCUGCCACAGAAGAGUGAACAAACUAAAAGACUCUUCGACGACGAUGAGGAAGGCGAAACAGAACUUUUUCGAGCACCGACGAAGAAGCUCCAACCUUAUUUUGAUGAUGAGCGUGAACCCAUUUCAUCUACUGAAGACGAGAGUGAAGAGGAAAUUGUUAUGUUGAACUCGAAAUUUCGAAACUAAAUCCACGCUGCGCGCAAAACAUCGAAGAGAACAAUAGAAUCAAAUCGAUAAUUUAUUUCACUUUUGUUACCUGUUCAAUGGAAAACAGAUCUCCAAAGCUGCUACAUUCCGAUAUUCACACUGAUCGCGUAUUCAUCAAAAGUCAAUUAAAGCGUCAAAUGAUUAUCCCUACUUUGUAUUCUUCUAAGAAUUCUACUGCAAGUUCUAGUACACUCAAAUGCAGUGAAAAUAAAUGUGAUAAUUUCUCUGAGAAAAAAACAAGUGCACAUUUUUGACAAAUGCAGCUCCGUGAGAGCAAAACAUGAAUAGAUAUAUAUGAUCUUUUUGAUUAAUGUUGAUGUUAUUAGGCUGAUGCUCUGCUAAGUUUGGGUGGUACUUACGAAAACGAAUCGUUAAAUCGAAAUAGCUCGAAAAGAGACACCAAACUGCGUUGAUUUUAGAAGAAACUAUUUUUUUGAAUAAAUAGAAUAAUGAUUAUAAAAGUUAGAA